UCGACGCGGGUGGAGCAUUGACGCAUGGUGCCCGUUUAUACUGGACUUGAAUCACAGAAGACAUGCUGUUGCUGGCAACUGUGCUGCUCGCCCUCAACUGCGCUCACCUGCAGCAAUGCGGCGCGUUCGCUGGACCCGCGCGGUGGCACGCGAGCCCCUUCAUGGAGACACAAGAGCCGGCCACUAGGAGUGGCGGGCAGGACGCCUCCGAAGAGGAGGUGGUCUCGACAGCCGAGCAGGCCACCCAUUUGGUUCGCGUGCGCGGCCGUGAGGCAGCGGCUGGCGGCAAGCCCAUGUCAGCGCCGGGCCAUCGGCGACUGCACCGCCAGUGGACAGCGCCUGGCCGAAGGCAUAAUGACGACCGAGAAUUCGAUGACGGAGACCCCUUCUACCGGCGCCUCUUCCACCGGCGACAAGCACGCAACGCUGAUGUUAACAGCGGACCGCUGCGCCGGUUCCGCCCCGAGCGGCACGAACGGUGCGACGACGACCUGGACUGCCGCGUGUCUCCCAGCCAGGUGUGCGUGAAGCGAGCGCGCGAGCCGUUCGGCCGCUGCCAGUGCCCCUUCUACCGGCCGGUGGAGAUCACUGUCAACGCCGUCGUGCGAUGCGUCACCGCCAAGGACUUGUUCGACGAGUGCCGUGCCACGGAGGAGUGCACCGCGGUGAACCCGUACCUGCGCUGCGUCAACCACCUCUGCGUGUGCGCCUCGCCGUACGUGCUCCACGACAGGGACCAGUGCCGGCCCGCCAACGACCUGCGGCAAUGGAUGUCGUGGCUGGUGCCCGUCGUGGUCGUGGUCGGGACACUGGUCACCUCGGUCGCCUGCUUCCUCUCCCGGCGGUACGACAACUUGGAGGCGGCGUCAGCAUGUCCAUCUUCGGCCGCCCCAAUGCUGACGCCGACAUUCGCGAUUUCGCCACUCAAUCACAUCGCAUCCCCCUAGGGGCGCACUUAACAUAUGGCUACACGCGUUCACCCGAGGGGCAGUGAAACGCGUUAUAUACUGUGGUGCGGAAAAACAUUUGCGCUAAGCUUGCGCAAGCUUAACUGAAUUUUCAAAGGUACGAGCUUCUUAUAUAUUAUGUUGUGUCCGUCCUGUUCUCUGUAGCUUAGAAAAUAAACAAU